AUGGGAAUCACGAGACCGUCGUCGGAACGAGCGACUUCAACCCACGCUACUGAGCCGUCAUUCCGCUCGCAGUUGUUUGGUGUGCGGAUGUUGACACUGCACUGGGCCGAAAGAUUUGAAAUUCUGGUCGUGCUCACUUUGGGUAGCCCCACAGAUAGUGACGUUGUCGGUGCUGCUUUGACCAACACAUUGGAGCAUCUGUGUAACAAACUUCCGUGGAUAGAGAGACUGGAUGUGGUCACAAAGCCAGCACCAGCUGCGAAAGAAUUGGAUGUCCCCGAUACGGCCGAUCAAAUUGACCCCGAUGAUGACUUCAAACGGGAGAACUAUUUCUAUCGCCUCGGCCAGGCAGCAGUUUUGGUCGCGAUUCCGAAACUGCAUCAGUUGGGUGUCCCAACCAAACGUCCAGCCGAUUACUUCGCCGAAAUGGUGAAGACGGACGAACAAAUGGGUAAGAUAAAGCAACAUUUGGUAGAGACCCAGCAGCGGCUUACACUACGGGAACGCGCCCGCCAAAUGCGUGAGAGACGAAAGUUUGGCAAGCAAACACAGCAGGCCGUAUUGCAAGCUCGCAAAGCGGAGAAGCGUCAGCUCACAGAUGCUAUCAAAGCAUCGAGGAAAAAGUUCGGCAAAGAUCACGAUGGUACGUUGGAUCAGAUUCUGGGGGAAUAUCGCGAUACACCCGAUAAACAGAAACCCGGAUUUAAUCGAGCCAAAGAUGUUGCGAAUCGCAGAAAGAUCAACUAUCAACGGGAUUACAAGAACAAAAAGUACGGUCACGGUGGACAGAAGAAGCGGAGCAAACGUAAUACUGCGGAGUCAUUUAGUGGAGGAGCGCGGAAGGAUUUCAAUCCGGCGAAACACCAGGCCAAACCAAAGAAGCUUUCCGCAUUGCGAAAGAAUAGAGGAAAAUCCGGGAAGCCAAAAGGGAAAAAGCGCAUUGGUGGUGCCAAAAGAUGAUCUAAAUCAUAGUAUUCCGCUGUACAUAAUUUGUGGUCAAUAGAGA